ACACUUGUUAUUUUUCUUAGCGAUUGCAUGUCUCAGCCCAGCGCAGUAUUACGUAAAAAAAUAAAAAACUUUUUCUGUUUUAUAUAUUCUGCCAAAGGAAGAGGAGAGAUUUUUUGAAAUAAGAUAAGUAAGGAUAGAUUGAAAUAACAUGUCGCUGCCAUCGGAAAACAAAACAAAUGUAAACGAGUCAUUGCCGCAGCCAAACGGUUUAGAUGCAUUUGAUAUAGAACAUGGCAUUUCUGACAUUGAAACACCCCCGGAGGUUCCAUUAAGUGGACAAUUCAAAAAGUGUUUUGCAUAUUUUACAAUACGUUAUCGUUUGCCCAACAUUUUAGUUUCCCUUUUGAAUUCCAUAAGGGAAGAUUUAAAAGUGAACCCAUCCAACUAUGAAGAGGCUGAUAUAUCCUUUGUGUUGGAAUCCAUUGAAAAACUGAAAACCCAAGUGGAAAACAAUGGAAGAUUGGAGAAGAUUGCAUCCAAAGCUCCUGAUGUCGACAUUUGGAAUAACUUCAUUGCAAAUUUACCAGAAAAUGCAUCCUUUUUCAACAUCUGUUGGUUGUAUGCUGAAUGUUAUCUGUACAGGCGGAUAUAUUCUCUGUUCGAGGCUACCAAUACUAUGGCACAAUACGAUUACUUUGGACCACAAAAAAUGAAAGCCCUACAAAUGUCCGAUCAUGUCAUGGAGGAGUUAAUACAAACUACCGACAAUUGCGAAAAUACGUGUGAAACAUUUUGCCACAUGCUAAAGCUCAAUCUCUGGGGUAAUAAAUGUGAUUUGUCUUUGAGUUCGGGCAAGGAUGUCAAACCCCUGGAAAAUCUAAGCCAACUCAUUGUUAGUCUCAAUACAAAUAUAUUGGUCGAUGACAGUGCUGCCAUUUGGAACUGUCUGAAUCAGCAGCCGGCGCAGCAGCAACAGGUUGCCGAUACCAAGUAUGUUGAUCUGAUAUGUGAUAAUGCUGGUUUCGAACUAUUUACCGACUUACUUUUUGGUCAGUACCUGUUGCAAAAUGCAUUGGCAAAAGUUGUGCGCUAUCAUGUCAAGGCAAUGCCGUGGUUUGUUUCCGAUACCACGGCGCAAGAUAUACACAAAACUUUGAAAUACCUAGAUGGCCACAAGUCGCACGUUUUAAGGGAUUUCGGUAAACGAUGUAGCAAAUAUUUUGAAGAGGGUGCUUUUCAAAUUGCCGAAGAGAGCUACUUUUGGACAACGCCCUACGAAUUUUACAGAAUGAGCGAAAUUAAUCCCAAAUUAUACAAGGAUUUGUCAACGUCAUCACUGUUAGUGUUUAAAGGUGACCUAAACUAUCGCAAAUUACUGGGCGAUUUCAAUUGGAAUUUCAGCGAUGAUUUUCGCAAAUGUUUACGUGGUUUCAAUCCCACCAGGCUUUGUACUCUACGCACAAUUAAAGGUGAUCUGUUAUGUGGACUUAAACCAGAAUCGGUGAAGUGUCCCGACCUGGCCCGCCAAUUGAGUUUGGGCAAAAAUGAUUGGAUGUUCACGGGGAAUUAUGCAGUUAUACAGUUAUUGUUGUAAUGUGUUAAUGUUUUUAUAAU